GAAGGUUGUAGAUGGCUGGAUUAGACCCCAGAGGAGGCCGUCCCACUGAUUGUAAAGAGAGGGACAAUUGGUCCUUUAGCCUGAUUGGGUUCCCCCCAGAUAGUCAACAACAGACCCGUGAGAGUGUGACAGAGCAGCAGUGACAGAGCUGAGGCAGCAGAAGAACAUAUAUGUAUUUAUAAAUAUAUAGAGAGAGAGUGAGAGAGAGAAACAGGGGAACUUUACAAAGAGGACAGCGAGAGAGAGAGAGAGAGAGCGUGGACUCAAGGUGACCUUAGUGAAGCUGAUGCUCUGCAGGCAGCAGCUUUCACAACUUUUACAAGGGAAAUUUAGCGAGCGUGCAGGGAGAAGAAGAACAAAGAGAUAAGAGACGGAAAAAAGGAGGGAUAAAGUUGAAAAGGACACAAAGAGCGGGAACCAGGAAACAAGCGCACUGGUGAAGAAAGAGGAAAAACCUUUUCAAGAACUACUCUGUGCUUAACAAUGGGAGACCGAUUGCAUCUUCCAGCAGUUGCGAGCACCAUGCUCCCCGUGGUCCUCUGCAUUUUGACCCUUCUGCCUCACGGCCUCGUGGGUAGACCAACAGAGGAGGAAAACGCCGGCAGCUCAGCACUACUCCAGAGAGUGAAGAGAGGCUGGGUGUGGAACCAGUUCUUUGUCCUGGAGGAGUACACCGGACUGGAACCACUUUAUAUCGGAAAGCUCCACUCAGACAUGGAUAAAGGCGACGGCUCCAUCAAAUACAUCCUGACAGGCGAGGGCGCUGGCAGCACCUUCACCAUUGACGACAGCACAGGUGACAUCCACGCCAUCCAGAGGCUGGACCGGGAGGUGAAAGCCCAGUACGUCCUCCGCGCCCAGGCCCGCAACCGCAUGACGGACAGGCCUCUGGAGCCCGAGUCCGAGUUUAUCGUAAAGAUCCAGGACAUCAACGACAAUGAGCCGAAGUUUCUGGACGGACCCUACCAGGCGUCUGUACCUGAAAUGUCCAAAAUAGGAACAUCUGUGAUCCAGCUGACCGCCACAGAUGCCGACGACCCCACUUAUGGCAACAGCGCUCGCGUGGUGUACAGUAUCCUGGAGGGCCAGCCUUACUUCUCAGUGGACGCCAAAACUGGCGUGGUCCGCGUGUCUCUGGCAGACAUGGACCGGGAGACCAGAGAAAACUACACGGUGGUCAUCCAGGCUAAGGACAUGGGUGGCCAACUCGGGGGUCUCGCUGGUACCACUACUGUCAACAUCACGCUCGGUGACAUCAACGACAACCCGCCCAUGUUUGACCAGAGGUUGUAUCAGAUGAGCAUCCCGGAGUCGGCUCCCGUGGGUUCAGUGGUGGGUCGGAUCUGGGCGAAGGACAGGGACAUCGGGGUCAACGCUGAGAUGAAGUACAGCAUCGUCGAUGGAGACGGGAGGGAUACCUUCGACAUCAGCACCGAUCCCACCAACAUGUUCGGCAUCAUCAUGGUGAAAAAGCCGCUGGACUUUGAGACCAAACCCAGUUACACCCUGAAGGUGGAAGGCGCCAACACCCACGUGGACCCCGCCUUACGCCACCGCGCGCCCUUCAAGGACAUCACCAUAGUGCACGUGAGCGUGGAGGACGUGGACGAGCCUCCGCUGUUCGACCUGCCCGCGUACUACGUCGAGCUGCCAGAGGACGCCGAGAUCGGGACGGUGGUGAAGACGGUGUUGGCGAGAGAUCCCGACGCUGCCAACAACACAGUGAGGUACUCCAUCGAGACGUCCAGCAACCUCGACAAGUACUUCUACAUCGAGCUCACUUCCGGGACGCUGAUGACGGUGCGUUCGCUGGAUCGAGAGGAGAUCAGCUGGCACAAUAUCACAGUCCUCGCCAUGGAGAUGAAUAACCCUGCACAGAUCGCCAGUGUGUCGGUGGCUGUGAAGAUCCUGGAUGUGAACGAUAAUUCUCCCUCGCUAGAGGACUACUUGGAGACUUAUGUGUGCGAAAAUGCCAAAGCUGGGCAGCUAAUCCAGACAGUGACGGCGAUGGAUCCAGACGAGCCACUGGGCGGACAACACUUCUACUACAGCCUGGCUCCAGAGGCCGCCAACAACCCCAACUUCACCCUGAGAGACAACCAAGACAACACAGCAUGGAUCCUGACACGUCGCGCAGGCUGGUCACAGCACGACCAGUCUGUCUUUUACUUGCCCAUCUUCAUCUCUGACGGCGAGCAGCCGGUCCAGACCAGCACCAGCACGGUGACCAUCCGCGUGUGCAGCUGUAACCAGGAGGGCGACGCCAUGUCGUGCAACGCCGAGGCGUACAGUUUGCCCGCAAGCCUCAGCAGAGGAGCACUCAUCGCCAUCCUGGCCUGCAUCUUAGUCCUGCUGGUGAUGAUUCUGCUGAUGCUGUCCCUGCGCACACACCGUAAGAAGCCCUACCUGUGCGACGAGGAGGAGAACGUCCACGAGAACAUCGUGCGCUACGACGACGAAGGCGGCGGCGAGGAGGACACCGAGGCCUUCGACAUCGCCGCCAUGUGGAACCCGCGCGAGGCGCACCACCCCCUGGGCAAGAUGAGACAGGACAUGCUGCCGGAGAUCGAGAGCCUGUCGCGUUACGUCCCCCAGGCAUGCGUCAUGGGCGGCGGCGGGGACAGUAACGUUCACGGAUACGUGCUGGCGAAGCUCCUGGAGGCCGACAUGGACCCGUGCGCGCCGCCUUACGACUCCCUGCAGACCUACGCCUACGAGGGGGAAGGCUCGGUCGCGGAGUCACUCAGCUCGCUCCAGUCGGGGACGUCCAACACGGACCAUGAGUACGACUAUCUCAACGACUGGGGGCCUCGCUUUAAAAAACUCGCCGAGAUGUACGGCGUGCUGGAGACAAACAGUUCUCCGAUGUGGUAGAACACUGCCGCCUUUUUUUGAAUCUGAGACACCAACAAACGAGAAAAACAAAGCGACACAAAUAGAUAAAAACGUGCAGAAAGGGAA